GCUAACCGCGGGCUUCAAUCUACAUUAUAUUCUUACAAACCCAUUUCAGUCUAUUGCAUUUGAUAAGAAUGUCCAUAUUUUGUAUUUGAGAAACGGCAAUCACCAUGAAUCUUGACAGGCUACGUAAAAGAGUAAGACACUACGUUGAUCAGCAACAGUAUCAAAGUGCGCUGUUCUGGGCUGACAAAGUAGCAUCUUUGUCACAUGAGGAUCCUCAAGAUGUUUAUUGGUUAGCUCAGUGCCUUUAUUUGACAGCACAGUAUCACAGAGCUUCUCAUGCUCUCAGAUCUCGCAAGCUUGACAAGUUGUAUGGAGCCUGUCAGUAUCUAGCUGCAAGAUGCCAUUAUGCUGCCAAAGAAUAUCAGCAAGCAUUGGACAUACUGGAUAUGGAGGAAGCAGCCAGUAAGAAGUUAUUGGACAAGAAUGUAAAGGAGGAAAAUGGCUCUAGGGAAACCGUAAAGGAAUGGGAAAUGUCUUCCGAUUCAAUCAAUAGUUCCAUCUGUCUCCUGCGAGGGAAGAUCUAUGAUGCCAUGGAUAACAGACCCCUAGCCACGUCUAGCUACAAAGAGGCCUUAAAACUGGAUGUCUACUGCUUUGAAGCCUUUGACCUUUUGACGUCCCAUCACAUGUUAAUUGCUCAAGAAGAAAAAGAUUUCUUGGAUUCUCUGCCCUUAAGCCAACAAUGUACAGAAGAGGAAGUAGAAUUGCUACGUUUCCUUUUUGAGAACAAGUUAAAGAAGUACAACAAACCUAGAGAGAUGGUCGUCCCAGAAAUGGUCAACGGUCUCCAGGACAACUUGGAUGUUGUCGUCUCUCUUGCGGAACGUCAUUAUUACAACUGUGACUUUAAAAUGUGCUACUCUCUUACGUCUAUGGUUAUGGUGAAAGACCCAUUUCAUGCGAACUGUUUACCAGUGCACAUAGGAACACUUGUUGAGCUGAGCAAAGCAAAUGAGUUGUUUUACCUAUCUCAUAAACUGGUGGAUUUGUAUCCAAGCAAUCCAGUUUCGUGGUUUGCUGUUGGAUGUUACUACCUCAUGGUUGGGCAUAAAAAUGAACAUGCAAGGCGGUAUCUCAGUAAAGCCACAACACUGGAGCGCACAUACGGCCCAGCAUGGAUAGCAUAUGGUCACUCGUUUGCUGUGGAGAGUGAGCAUGAUCAGGCAAUGGCUGCAUACUUCACUGCUGCCCAGCUCAUGAAAGGGUGUCACCUGCCCAUGCUGUACAUUGGUCUAGAGUAUGGACUCACUAACAACCCCAAGCUGGCUGAACGGUUCUUCAGCCAAGCCCUUAGCAUUGCCCCUGAGGACCCAUUUGUCAUUCAUGAGGUAGCUGUGGUUGCCUUCCAAAAUGGAGAUUAUAAAACAGCUGAGAAGUUGUUUCUAGAUGCUAUGGAGAAGAUCAAAGCCAUUGGAAAUGAAGUGACGGUAGACAAAUGGGAGCCACUCUUAAACAAUAUGGGUCAUGUGUGUCGGAAACUGAGGAAAUAUGAACAGGCUCUCGAAUACCACAGGCAAGCUUUGGUUCUCAUCCCACAGAAUGCAUCUACUUACUCAGCCAUCGGUUACGUGCAUAGCCUCAUUGGAGACUUUGAGAGUGCCAUUGACUACUUUCACACUGCACUUGGUCUUAAAAGGGAUGACACUUUUUCUGUAACCAUGCUGGGUCACUGUAUUGAGAUGUAUAUCAGCGAUUCAGAUGCUUUCAUUGGAACUGACAUGAAAGACAAAGUAAGAAAGACCCUCAGCACACCAGCACUGAUGAAGAUGCUCAACACUUCUGCAGACGGCAGUGAGAGCAGAACACAACCUGCAGAGGAGGUAAAUGUUUGCCUGGAGACUCCAUCUUUUAACGCCGACAAACAAACCGAUGCCUUUCAGCGCUUCCUCUUAGAAUGCGACAUGCAUGAGAACGACAUGAUGCUGGAGACGUCCAUGUCUGAUACCAGCACAUGAUUGUAAAUCAGUCAAAGAGGAACUUUUCAGCAUGAGAUGAUGGAAUGUGACCUUAAAGACACGACACACGCCUUCCCCGCUGUGUCCUUUGUGUCGGACCCCUGUGGAUUUUUACUAUGAAUAAAUGUAAAGUGAAUGCAAAAGGGUUUGAAAAGAAUGAUUUAAUCAAUAAACCCUGCAUCCAUAUUUUUACACAGAAUUGUGUUUUCUACUUGGUGCUCUAUUAAAGCGUCUGUUUUGUGGAUGAGACAGCACAGAAUGUGGUUAAGUUGCCAAUCGAAACAAAGCAUCUGCUGCCACUGGUACUGCUUAGCUUAUGAAACCUGAAAGUUAGUAAACCAAUGGAAAUACUUGAAACUUUUUAUCAGUCAUCUCAAGUAUUUUACUAGAAUCAAAACUAAAUGCUUAAAGCUAAAGUUGGCAGGACAAAAAAUCUGUGUCUCAUUCACAGAUCUUGUGUCAGUCCAGAUUUGUCAUUCUCUUAUUGAUAAUGUUGUUGUUUUUUUAUAAUAAGGAUUUAUUUUGAUUUUUGUUGUUUUUGUAAAUAUUACCAGAUCAGAAGUAAACAU